AUGGUAAACCUCUAUAUGGUCUAUGGAGGUACCAAUUGUGGUAUGCUUGGCGACCCCGAUGUGUAUACUUCGUAUGAUUACUCGGCCUGUAUUCGGGAACAUGGUUACAUGUCUUCUCGCGGCCGCUUGCUUCGGCAAACGAUUUUGUUCGCUCGUUCCUUCGAUCCUUAUUUCACCAAAACCGACCUGGUACAACAUGCUAGCGUGAAAACCUCCAUCCCUCAUGUAUUGAAUCGACAACGUGUGGCCGUCGGCGCCGAUCAAGCCGUGGAAUUCAACUUUUUCCGUAACUUUGAUCGCAAAAAGCGUGAUAAUUUCGAAGUCUCGGUCCGUUACAACGAUCAAGCUUUCAGUUUAGGCUGUCACUUGCCCUACAAAACCUCGUUUAUUGGCAUUGGCAAUUAUCAAACGGCCAAUGGUCUGCAUCUCAUUGUAUCCACCGUUCCAAUCCUUGCUCGCAUGUUACAUCCGAACGGCAACGACGAGGUCUGGGUCGUUGAACCCAACGAGAUUGGUGCGAUGGCGUUUAUGAAGAAAGCCUUGAGCAUGACCGGCAAUAUGCAAAACGAUGUGUGGCGGCAGGAGGGCCAAGUCAUGAUAUUGACAUUUGAAAAAACCAACGGAUGGACCAAACUCGCUACCACCACCGGCAAUCUCUAUCUUGUUGGUUUGACCGGUGAGGAUGCGAAAACACUGUACGCCGAAUUUCAAGAACCUUACUGGAAUCAGGGAGUCAAACGUUCUCCAGCUUUUCUUGCUUGGGGCGCAGACGAUAUGUUUUACAACCCUCAUGAUAAGCACCUGGAAGUCAAUUAUCACCCGUCGAAUCGAAAUCUUCAAGUAUUGUCCUUUGAUACGUCGACCGACCGUCGUUUACUUCACAACUUCAAGGGCGUGUACGAACAGCUCCCCCUGGUCCGUACCGCAGAUUUGAAACAACAUGCCCAUCAACAGUUCCCGCUGCCGAUUGUGGUGUCCUUAAGUCAUUGGGAAGCACGUCCCGUCUACUUUGAAAAACUACCUUGGCAACCGUUGAUGCACCGUCCUCAUGAUGGUCGUCUGACAUGGGACUCGUUGGAUUAUCAUUUUACCAGCGGCCAUACGGUGUAUCAAACAACGUUUCUUACGCCAUCUCAGCAACAGCCCAAAGUGAAAUUAUCCCUCAAUGCCCGCCAUCGCAGCACGGUGAUCCUUAACGGGCGCAUUGUCGGUGGCCACACUACCUAUUCACGCCAACUGUUUGCUCCCGGCGCCAAAAUUGGUCCUGAUCCAUGGUUCCUAGGAUCGCAUACUUACGACCUGUCCCCCUACUUGUCUCGGGAAGGCCGAUUGGAAAACCAGCUCGUCAUUCUGGUGAGCAACUUUGGGUUGCACCGCCAAGCUUUCGUCAUGGACGAUGUUCGUAACCCGCAUGGAAUCAUCAAGGCCACUCUCAGUGGACUUUCGCACAAUGAGACGCAGCGAGCUCAAGAUGCAUGGCAAAUUGCCGGUGUGGAUGUGCGCAAAUUGGAUAAUCCCUUUAAUACCGUCGGAGUCCCCGAUGAACGUGCAACAUUGCCUUGGACUCAAUGCAACGGUGUGCAACAGGAAAAAUCGAUGUAUCGAUUCCCUGUGCUUUUAGACGAUGGCGCACGAUGGAUGCGAUUCCGAUUUGAUCACGGCCUCAAGAGUGCUAGCGCCAGUUUUAAUAUUCCUCUUCGUUUGCAUCUGGAAGGACAAUGGACCGGUUACAUUUACUUGAACGAUCAUCUCAUGGCGCGUUAUUACGGCAACGGAGACAGUCCUCAGCACGACUUUUAUAUUCCGGAGGGAUGGGUGCAAAGGCGCAAAAACGAAGUGAAAAUGCUGGUUUAUACAUGGCACGACACCGAACCCGAGAUUUCGAUUGCGGGCUGGCCUAUUGAUAUGGAAACAGGAAAUUUACUGAAGGAUCACGAAUCGGGACAAAAGGAAUACAUGGUAUGGAAGGAUCAAUUCCAUGUCAUUUAAGAAUGAUCCUUGUCACUUUUGAAACUCCUUUCCUCAUAUUCAGCGCUCUAAGAAAAAAAAGGUUCCAAUUCAUUUGCUGGUCGCAUUUUUAUCAUUUCCUUUACGAUCCUCCUUAUCAAGCAUUUCUACAACUCAUGUAAAGGGCCGAAAUAUGUAUAUAUUUGUGCAAGUCAUAGUAAAAAUAAAAGACGUGAAAGUGACGGCCAUCUUUAUCCUUUCUGUAACAGCAAAGACUGUCAAUGUGUCCCUGAAUCUUACUGUUGGCAUCGUAAUCCAAAAUUUUAAGAUGACGGACUUUAACUGUUCCAAGGUCAUAUACAGUAACUUUAUGUUGCCAAUAGUACACAUUUUAUUGUUCUCCACAUGUUUCUGCA